CCAAACAAUGAAAGAAGGCAUGUCCAAUAACAGCACCACUAGCAUCUCCCAAGCCAGGAAAGCCGUGGAGCAGCUGAAGAUGGAGGCCUGUAUGGACAGGGUGAAGGUCUCACAGGCGGCCGCGGACCUCAUGGCGUACUGUGAAGCCCACGUCCGGGAAGACCCUCUCAUCAGUCCAGUGCCUGCAUCUGAAAACCCUUUCCGCGAGAAGAAGUUCUUUUGUGUCAUUCUCUGACUCCAGCUGGUGAUGCCCACGCCUGCUGUGCUGUCCAUGAAACUCCCCCGUGGGAGACCAUGCAUGCUUGUUACCUUGGGGACAUGACCCACACCCACCCUGCCAGGCCUCCCCAUGUCUCUUCUUUUUUCAUUGAUUUUCUUCGUGGUGUUCCAGGUCACCUUCUUUUUCUCAUUUGUACGUUAGUUUCUUUAUUCACCGAGAAAAUAGACAUGUUUUUAUAGCCAGAUAACACAUAAUCAAUAUGGAUUUCAAGGUUUUCAAAUCUGUGGACAUGCAUUCUCCUAAGGAUAAAUAUACCAAUAAAUACAUUUUCAGUGGAAAAUACACUGAAAAGAGAAACUGGACCCAAGUAUCCCCUGUCUAUAAUAACAGUGCCAAUGGAAACAUCUUAACCCCUGUGAAACUUAUGUGGAAGUUUCCCUCCCUGCAGCAGGUGGUUCUGGGAGUUCUCUGUACCCCACAUUUGUUUGAAUCCCACUGAAGGGAAGUAGCCUGCCAGAUGGGAACGUGUAACUUCCCAGAGCCGUAUGGCCUGGACAGUCUGCUUAGCCCUGUUCCCUGUUGGGCACUGAAGGCGGUCCUUCCCCAAGUGUCCCUAUGGGGUGGUCAGUGCAGUGCCCUUGGCUUCUGCACAGCCGGCAAUACACACGUUCCAGCCAUCCCUGCGGGGAUCAUAAGCCCUGCCAAGGCUUCCCGACCCUGUCCCCUCUCUUCCAACCCCUGCUCGAUUUUACCCCGUGGAUGGAAUUCAUAGGACCUAUUUUGGCUGCAGCACUGGGCCAUUUGGGGUGUCCUGUCCCAUGGAAGUGAGUGAGGGCAGCAGCAGCUCCCUGUUGGAUUUAACCCUCCCACAGUCAGCACCACACUGGCGUCACAGCAAGUCAGAACAGAGAUGUAGGGAGGUUACAUAAUCUGCUGAGACUUGUAGAGUUGCUUGUAGAACUUCAUGGAAAGUGGAAUUAAAGUUACUAUUUUGAUUCAAAAAAAAAAUGGAAAUCCAUUCAUAUAAGGAAUCUAUGGAAA